AUGGAUGGGUCUAGCGAAUCCUCCCUCAUCGACUAUUCAAAUCACUUUCAGACUCAGAACGAGGGCAAUGGACCAGCUCGUCCUAGAGCGAGCACCAAGCGAGUUCCCUUUAUGUCUCGGAAUACCGGCGAAGAUGCUCUUCCAGAAAGAGACAUGGCAGGUCGUCCAAUUCAUAAAAGCCGUGGCAUUAGUCUGCGAGGAAAGUCCCAUGUCAGCCUGCGUGGCGUACAAGCUUUCAGUCUGGCCAAGUCGAAACGACGCCAACAGAUUGCUAGAGACUGGUCCCCGGUCCGAAAGAGAGCGAUCGCGGCGGUGGCUUGCAUCAGCACAGCGCUCACCGGCCUAAUCAUCGGAAUCUACGCCGGCUUGGUACCGUCGCUACAGUACUACAUCCUCGACACGAGUCACUCAAUCAUCAAUGGAAACGUUGGCUGCUUUCUGGGUAUGGCUAUCCCGACAUUUUUCUGUUGGCCGCUCCCCCUCGUGCAUGGACGCAAGCCAUACAUCACAUCCGGUCUGGUCUUGUCAAUGCCGCUACUCUUCCCACAAGCCAUAGCUGUCAGUGCCCAGCGAUUCUACAACCUCACCGGAUAG